UAUGAAUCGCCGGCGAAGCGGUCGCGUCUUUCCGGCUUCAGCUGCCAGCGCAAAGAUGUUCUCGGCACUUUUUUUCAAGUUGUCCUUCCUGCUCCUCAUCGCAAGCAUUGUCCUUUCUUCGCCAGUGUGCUACGACCAGGAAUCGUCUCACAAGUACAGGUGCCUGAACUUCACCAGCCCCGACGACUUUUCCGAGCACGUGAAACGGCCCAUACUGCACCAGGAUUUGACCUUCAUCGUCAGGAACAGCCGUCUGAGCCAUCUUCCCGCUCGAGCCUUCGCCGGCGCAAACGUCUCCGUCUUGGAAUUCGACAACGUUCACCUGGAAUCGUUCGCGCUGCAAGAUGAAAACCCUUUCGCUGGGCUCGAAACGACCCUUCGCAAGGUCAUUUUCAGUGAGGGCAGCACAGUCCCGGAAAAUUGGGGCCUCUUCGCGAAUAUGUUGAGGUUAGUGACGGUGAGGUUGUCCGAAAUCUCGAACCUGAAUCUGACGAGUGGCUUCAACCAACUUCCGAAGAGUGUCAGAGUGAUCACCGUCGCCUUCUCGACCAUUGGCUACGUGGACGAGCACUGGGUGUCUGAGCUGGAGAACCUCGAGGCAGUCGGCAUUCGGCACUGCAACCUGCUGACGUUUUCGAGGUCCAUGCUGCCCAAGCCGGCGCUCAAUCUGUGGAGGCUUGACUUGUACAAAAACAACCUGACAUCGCUGCCCAGAGAUUUUACCGCUGAAAUGCCCGCUCUCACGUCUCUGACCUUCGAGAACAACAAGAUCACCACUUUCGAUGAAGAGUGCCUUGCUCCACUGGCCAAGAAUCAGUCCAACCGUGUGCGCUUUGGUGGAAACCCUCUUCACUGCGACUGCAAUCUGCGCUUUGUGCUGAGCUAUCCGACAAGCUGGCUGAACGCCUAUUGCGUGACACCGCUUGCGCUGAAACAUCGUCCUCUCAAGAACGUCACUGAAGCACAACUCUGCCCGCCUGACGUGCAGUCGUAAUAGAGCAGGCAGCGCUCCGGUGAAUUCGUCGCUUAUUACGGAGGUUUCGUCAGUAGAAUUCGCUUUUACUGUGUUGCAAUAAGCGUUUCGAUGGGCCGUGUUUGUAUGCAUGCGGCCGUAGAGCAGCGAUUCUGCAGGGGCCUAGUAACAUUCUAUAAAUAAAAAAAAAUCCGGAACAACGA